AACACGGGGAUGAUAUUCUGGCUCGACACGGUUUGACGCCACGAAGAUUCUAAUCUCCGCGUCGAAAGGUAGUGUCGUGAGAGUACUGCAUCCGUUGAAAGCUUCAGACCUAUUAACACUCUAAACAUCAUAUCUACAGAAGGCACAAUGUCAGAAAUGAAUUCAGCUUCAAGAAAAUGGGUAUUUCUUACCCUACUAUUUGUUUCAAUUACUAUUAUUCUGGCAUCAGUUUUGAUUCACCAGCAUGUAAAUGCAAACUUUCCCAAGAAGUGCCCAAAUAAAUUUGUUCUAAAUGGCAUUAAACCCGAUUACAAGGCAAUAGAAAUAUUUUCCGACCUAACGCCAACAGAAUUGACCACUGUCAAGGACUUUCUGGUGAGCCAUAAGGACCUCAAUAUUGUUGCUUCAGAAGCCACCGUGAACAGCAACUACAUCUACAUGAUAGAGCUCUACAACCCAGACAAAAAGGAAGCUUUGCAUUACUUGGACCAUGGAGGAGCCAAGCCUGCUCGAGUUGCUAAGGCAGUGGUUUUCCGCGGAGCUGACGUUCAGCCAUCGAUUGCAGAAUAUCUGAUAGGCCCACUUCCGAAUCCCACCUGGUACCGGCCACACAGUCCAUCAACGAGGAAACACGUUAUUAAUUUUAGCUCUCGGCCAACGACAAUCCCGGAAUACACGGCUCUGUACACAUAUUUUUUACCAAAAGCUUUAGAAAAAGUGAACCAUAUUUUGGAGGAGAGUUAUGGCUAUACAUAUCAUAACUGUACAAAAAAAUGCCUAACCGUUGGGGAAGUGGCACCAAAAGGAUUGAAGUCAGGAGAAAGGCGGUCCUGGGUAAUGCUUCUCCGACAAUUGGAAGGGUUUUACCUGCACCCAGUAGGCUUUCACGUUUUGAUAAAUCAUGAAAGCUCAAACAUCGCAAAAUGGGCAGUGGAGAAGGUUUACUACCAUGGCCAGUAUUUUGUAAGCAUCGAAGAGCUAAUCACAAAAUAUGACAAAGGUUCUAUUACUAAGAUAAAGCUGAGUGACAGCAGUCGAGAAUCAUCGGGAUAUAAUCGUCGCGGAGCCUUCAGAGCAGACACGUCUCAGACGGGACCGCGGCAGUUCGAGCCCGAGGGCCACCGGUACCGGGUUGAUGGGAACUUUGUGCAGUAUAUGCCCUGGACGUUCGCUUUCAGAAUCUCUUACAUGGGGCUUCAGAUAUUUGACAUCAAGUACAACGGUGAGAGAAUUGUCUAUGAGAUGGGCCUCCAAGAUGUCGUCUCAUACUAUACUGGCAACGAUCCGAUAGGAAGCUUAUUCAGAGCCAUGGACUCAGGUUGGCACUUUGGUGCCGACAAUUUUGAGCUUGUGAAGGGGAUCGACUGCCCGCACACUGCCACGUACCUGGACACAUAUCACUUUGUGAACUCAGAGAAGCCGCUGAAAUACCCGAACUCCAUCUGCAUUUUCGAGCACAACACAGGAGUGCCAUUGCGUCGACACUUGGAGGACGAAGACCGAAGAGGCUACUCGUUCUAUGGUGGCUUGGUCAACUAUGUACUCGUGAUUAGGAGUGUCAACACAGUAUACAACUACGAUUACGUCGUGGACUAUAUUUUCUACCAGAAUGGAGUAAUUGAAGCAAAGAUUCACCCCACUGGGUACCUCGUGGCGACGUAUUUCCUUGGGGAUGGACUCAAGUAUGGCAACAAAUUAUUUGACCACGUCCUUGGCAAUGUGCACACGCACAUGAUAAACUACAAACUGGACAUGGAUAUAGUGGGCACAAGCAACAGCUUUAAGACUGUGAGCCUGCAGCUUGAGAACACGACGGUCGUUUGGAGCCCAGAGCAUGCCAAGGUCAUGCCCAGCGUGAAGCACGACCUCAAGGAGACAGAGUCGGAGGCAGCCUUCAAGUUCGACGUCAGACUUCCAUACCUAGUGUUCUUUAACGAGAACGCCUUAAACAAGUGGGGCACACAGCGUGGUUAUCGCGUGCAGGUCACGAGCCACGGAAACCCCCUGUUGCCAGAGGAUUACGAAGAGGAGAAAAGCGUUGCAUGGAGCAGGUAUCAAGUAGCGGUGACAAAACGGAAGGAGACAGAGCUCCACAGUGGAAGUAUCUACAAUCAACAUGACCCUUGGACUCCUGCCGUUUACUUUCAGGACUUCAUAAAUGACAAUGAGAACAUUGUCAAUCAGGACCUGGUGGCCUGGGUGACGGUGGGCUUCGUGCACAUCCCCCACUCAGAGGACGUUCCCAACACGGCCACCGCCUGCAACGGCGUGGGAUUCUUCUUCCGGCCGUUCAACUUCUACGACGAGGACCCAUCGGUGGCAUCGCGGGACGUCGUGAUCCUGCGCCCUGGGUCCCACAGCUCUGGAAAGCCUGUCGUGUCCUGGUGGACGGAGCAGAGCCCCACUGAGCCCAGCGUGUGCCUGCCCGACAUUCAGCCACUAGCUUACAACGGCACACGCACUCCUGUGUAAGUGAAACCCACACAGUACUGUUGAGAUAGCUGUGAUGUCAUGUUAAAUCAAUUGUAUUCUUGCAUUUAUUCAACACGUUAUGAAUAAUAUAUGGUGAAAAAAAAAUAUGAAAUAGUAUGCAGGUUAAUCGAAAAGUCUCUGUGCAGUGGGCGCAAAUAUUAACCAGAGCCUGGAUGAAAUGUGAAUGGGAAUUACCCACGUGCAAGAGACAUAUACAGACAAAAUAAUGUACCGUAAUCAUUUGCUUUCAAACAUGUUAGGACAUGUUCGGUAGUGUUUGGAUGUAGAUUUUUCCCAAUUAAAUUAAUUACUGUGGAUUGUAACGCCAGUUCUUUUGUACAGAUACUCUCUGUCACCUUGUUUAUAUGUGGGUAUUAAGCAAAAAUGAAUACAAUUCUUCUGCACAUAACUUUGUUCCAUUCCACAGACGUUGCACAAUCACUGCAAACCUCUUUAUUUUUUGGCAUAGCAUUUGUAUUUCGAAUCACCAGUCAAUAAUCUCAGUGUGUUGAGAUUCCAUUAAUGGUGCUCCAGCCCAGGGAGCCUAGCAAGGGAUGCAGGCAAGGUAAGGUGCCUGGCCUGCUUGGCCUAUGAAGAGGUUUGCCACCUGUCCAGGUUUGACCGAGACAGAUCAGGAAUUGGAACCUGUGUUCAGGUUGCAAGACAUUGUUUGUCCCUAGAUCUGGUGGUAUUAUGCUGAACUUGAUUACAGUGUAAUGCUCCGUUUUGGUUAACCUAAGCUGACAGAACUAUGUCUGGGUUUGAUCGAUGGACAAGGAGGCAACACUACCAGUGAAAAACACAACUAGGCAUGUUAGAAAAGUAAUUAAGCAAAAAUAAACAAAUAUAUUCGCGAAAUAUUUGAAGUGCUUUUUAAUUUAUUUAACUUCAUAAAGAUUAAUAAAUUGUAUUAUCAAGCAUCUCGCAAUCAUAAUUCUAAAUUUUAGUCAUGUUUGAAUAUCUCCAUGAUGACCACAUGACUCCAUCCAGCCAAUCAGAGCACAUUACCCCUAUAACAUCUGCACAUUUUGAAAGCUGAUUAAACAUUGUUGAGUGUUGCCAGAGUGAAACUUUUCUUUGUGUUGCAGCUUGUCACGGAGUAACAGGGGCAGCAACGUUGCUCACAGCAUUAUAUUACAUGAAAUUGUACCAUUUAUCUUUGCCUUUUAACAAUGUCAUUAUUCUCUGGAUCAAAGCGAUUGAAUAGGCAUUAUCAAGAUAUACAUUUUCUCUAUGGAAGCUUUCAAGUCCCAUGCUGAUACUGACAAAUCGCACACAUAUCUAGACGUGUAAAUGUUAAUGUUGAAUAUUAAUAGCACGUCGACAUUGCUGUAUCCCCGAGUUUGAAAUUAAGUUGGCAAGCUUCCCCUUCAGCUCACCUCCAACUUGAGAAAUUCUCAUGGAUACUAACCAAUCGCUCCUCUUCUUGGUGGCCUGUCACACAUUAUCUCGGGAAACUUUAAGAGCUCCGUUUCACUUAUAUUUGUGUAUAUCACUAUAUACCAGAGGUGUGGACUCGAGUCAUGUGAC